AUGGGUCAUCGAUCGACUGCCGCCUCCGAGGUGGAGAAACCCUCGGCCAUCUACCCAGGCGUCUCAGCAGAGCAGCAAGAGACUGUUCUUUCGGAUGCCUCUUUGGAGCCUUAUGGGCCUUCGGGUUUCCGCGGCAUCUUCGUCUCCCACUAUGUUGCGAUGUGUGCUGCCUUCUCCGCCAUCGGUGGACUCCUUUUCGGUUAUGAUCAAGGUGUCAUCUCUGUCACCCUGGUUAUGGAUCAGUUCCUCGAACGCUUCCCCGAAGUCUCGGAUCACGCUUCUGGGUCUGGUUUCAAGAAAGGUCUCAUGACUGCAAUGAUCACCUUGGGAGCCUUUAUUGGUGCAAUGAACCAGGGUUGGAUCGCCGACAUGAUCUCUAGAAAGCGCUCCAUUAUGGUUGCCGUCGUCAUCUUCUCCAUUGGCUCAUCGAUCCAGACUGCGGCCCUCAACUACAACAUGCUAGUUGGUGGCCGCUUUGUUGGAGGCCUGGGGAUUGGCAUGCUCUCCAUGGUUGUUCCGCUGUAUAUCUCUGAAAUCUCACCCCCAGAGAUUCGCGGAUCUCUUCUUGUGUUCGAGCAGCUUUCCAUCGUUUUCGGAAUCGUCGUUUCGUUCUGGAUUACUUACGGUACAAAGGAUAUCCCCAACCACUGGUCGUGGCAACUGCCCUUCCUCAUUCAGAUCCUCCCGGGUCUUCUCCUUGGCUUCGGCGCCGUCUUCCUUCCUUACUCUCCUAGGUGGCUUGCCUCUAAGGGCCGUGAAGCAGAGGCCCUUGCCAACCUAUGUAAGCUCCGCGUCCUCCCAGACACUGACCCACGAGUCCGUCGCGAAUGGAUGGAGAUCAUUGCCGAGGCCCGGUUCCAAAUCUCAGUUCUAGCCGAUCGCCAUCCCACUCUCGUCGGCAAAGGAGAUAUAGCAAGUACCCUGAAGCUCGAAGCUGUGUCUUGGACCGACUGCUUCAAGAAAGGGUGCUUCAAACGCACGCAAGUUGGAGUUUUUCUAAUGUUUUUUCAACAAUUUGUUGGAAUCAAUGCGCUUAUAUACUAUUCUCCUACUCUAUUCGCGACGAUGGGCCUCGAUCAUAACAUGCAGCUGAUCAUGUCCGGUGUUUUGAACUGUGUUCAGCUGGUCGGCGUCAUCCCCAGCUUGUGGACUAUGGACCGCUUCGGGCGCCGAUGGAUUCUGCUUGUGGGGAGCUUGGGCAUGACGAUCUCACACACUGUCAUUGCUAUCCUGGUUGGCCUGUACUCAAAUGACUGGCCAAACCAUACCACUCAGGGUUGGAUCAGCGUGGCCUUCUUGCUGCUUUAUAUGCUUGUAUUCGGAGCCACAUGGGGUCCAGUGCCAUGGGCCAUGCCAUCCGAGGUCUUUCCUUCUUCCCUGAGAGCCAAGGGCGUUGCUAUUUCUACUUGUUCUAAUUGGAUUAACAACUUCAUCAUCGGUCUUAUAACCCCUCCAAUGGUCCAAGGGACAGGAUUUGGCGCCUACGUGUUUUUCGCCGCUUUCUGCUUGCUUUCUGGUGUCUGGACUUGGUUCUGCGUACCUGAGACCAACGGAAAGACACUUGAGCAGAUGGAUGAGGUGUUUGGUGACCGCACUGGACUCGAUGAUGUUGCAAAGAAGAACCAAAUUUUCCGCGAGGUUGUGGAUGAGCAGACUCACUCCAUGGUGACUUUGUCGGCGUAG